UUCUGGCUAGAGCUUCCUGGCUGCUAAUAAGCAAUUUCUGGAGAGAGGCAGGUAUAUAGGGGAUGCGAGGAACAGACUCUCUGUUCGUGCGAUCCUUUGCCACGUGUCUGUUCCCCACAUACGGCCAUUUGCCCCUACCCAGCCACCCCUAGCUCCUGCCCCCCAAGCUGGCUUCUUUGCUAGUUCUGAGGAAGGGAGGAUGGGGACGGAAAAUAAUUGAUGGUUGCUUAGCAACCACCAGGCAUGGCCUACAACUUGCGAGGGACUGAGAAGGAUAUCUGGAGACGGGCAGGCAACACUUGCUCCCUCUCUAAAAAGGCACCCCCCCAUAGAUACACACACGCCGGCGAGAGAAACUGGCCUUGGCAGAGAAACUGGUAAAGCAGACUUUCCCAAACUUAGGAUGGUUGAGGGAACAGGCGGAGCAGGAUGCAGGAGAACCGUGACAGGGCUUCCUGAGGUGGGCAGUUCAGACAAGCACACAUGCCCUCUUGGGACUUCAAGCGCAGUGUACAAACAAUGGAUUCCAGACACCAAUUUUGAAAAUGCUUCCAACUGGGAUAAGGGCCGAACCCCGUGCGGCAACGAUGUCGUUCUUUUUCGAAGCAGCGAGGUCGUGUCAGUCUAUGUCCAGUCAUCCCACUCCUUGACAGACAUAUACAUCCCACUGGAUGGAGAAUUCAUCCUGGCCCCUGGUGCUGGGUUUGCAGCCUUCGACGGCAGUUUUGAUCCAGGAUGUGAGACAGCUUCAGAAGUCACCUUUGCCGGUGCAGACAACUUCCAUUGGUAUGACCCCACCCUGUGGCUUGCUGCAACCUCAUUGGACAACCUCCAUCAAGGCAAACACAUCUUCUCUGUGGAUGAAGAAAGAGUCCCGUGCCAGUACGAUGACGUUAUCUUUCUCCCCGAAACGUCCUUCCGUGUGAACAUCGAGUCGUCUGAGCAGGCCAUACGGCUCAGGAGCAUUUCAAUCAUGGGGCAGAAGUUCACCAGUGACAACACCCUGGCAGAGUAUAUGCAAAGUUCCUCUGCAAAGCUACAGUUCCAUGGACAAGGGGCAUUCCAGCUGUCAAACACCAGGUGCCCAGACAAAUCGGGCUGCGAAUGUGGAAAUGCUGCGGACCACGACAGAAUCUGCGCUGCCUUGCUCCAGAAGUCUGGGAAUCAAUGUCCACAGGUGAUGUGCAAGGACCCCCUAAAGCCCAUUGGCCAUUGCUGUGAAAUGUGCGGAGCCAUCAUUUCCUUGGAAUAUUCUGCUGGUUUUGAGAUCGAGGUGUAUCAGAACAGAAUACUCCACACAUUUCUCAGUUUGGCCAAGAAUGCAGGAAUUCAGGCAGCUGUGUCAAAGGUGCGUGAGCGGCAGACUUUCCUGGGAACGAUACCGCGUAGCUCAGCCUCGUUCAUCCAGAUUGUACUGGUCGACAACAGGACCGGAUCUGAGACGGGGACUCAAGCCGAGCAACUGGCCCAGGACAUCGUGAAGGAUAUAGCAGAGCAUGGAGUGUCGUUUGGCAUUGCAGUGAGGACCCUGCAUGCAGCCACUGGCAGUAACCGGAGUACUCAAGAGGCUGGUGCUACAAUUGCUGGGACAGUCGUUGUUCUGUUCCUUGUCUUGCUGCUCUUGGGAGCUGUUCUGCUACUCUACAGAAAAGGGACUUUAAGAUCUCUUGCGUCCGUUCGUUUUACCUCCUUGUGGAGCCGAAAAAGGGACCAGGAUCUUUCAGGAGAAACAGCCGACAAGGGGUUUGAUAAUCCCAUUUUCGACACACCAUGUGACCCAGCGGCUUUAGCUGGUGCGUGCUCCGUGGAGGAGGAGGAGGAGGCACCGAAGGAGAUGGCGAGCAAAAAUAGCGAGCUCUAUUACAUUAAUCCUUUAUAUGAUGAAACGGAACUUUGUGCUUAACAUCAAAGCUGUCAGAGGAAGACAAUCCUGCCAUCCUGUACUUUGCUUGCCGUUUCAAACAGGCUCAGCCACUGCAGAGACCAGCUCACCAAUGCACAGAUCCUGCUCACUUCAAUGGGGACAGUGCAGAAGAAUUCCCUGGUGAUCGGCCCCCAAAGUUAUUUUGACGCUGCCUUGUCUUAAAAAUACUGCUUAAUUUUCAAAUGGGAGAGCAUAUCAAAUUGCUGGGUGGUCCUCAUGAAAAUCAGAAAGGGUCUGCAAAUCUUUUUCUCAUCAGUAGUGGAAUAUGUAUCGUCACUGAAUUUCAAUAAAGAAUGCCUAUCACACUAAA